AUGGCCGGUAUUAAAAAAUCUGCUUUAAUAACAUCCGAUUUCGAAGUAUUUGGUAAAGUUCAGGGAGUGUUUUUUCGCAAACAUACUCAAAAGAAAGCAUCUGACCUUGGCUUGAAAGGAUGGGUCAUGAACACUCCGUAUGGGACUGUCGUAGGCCAAGUUCAAGGUCCCCAAGCAACCGUUGACGACAUGAAGGUGUGGCUUCAAAAAAUAGGGAGCCCUAAAUCCAAAAUCGAUAAAGCCACCUUCAGAAACGAAGGUCCUAUCAACAACUACGCGUUUCGGACAUUUGAGAUACGUCGCUAA